CCGAUUUGACGGAAGAGGAGGCCCAGCAGAUUGUCGAACUCUUUGCCGAGGAAUUGUCCGAAAGGAUUUCGUACCGCAACACGACCGAGUUGCCUCCGUUGCGAUUUACGCGCGAGACGGCCACGUCCGGCUCGCUGCUGAUGGAGGCUGUCGUCAUCGACGUGCCGAUGGAAAUCAACGGGUCGGCUGACUUCUCUUUGGAGAGGACUCUGAGCGAAGUGUCGUUCGAAGAAGCGCCAACAGAGGCCGACAUUGAAGAACUCUCGGCCAUGGAAGCGUUGAUCAUCGAGGAGGCGGACCAGCGCAACGAUCCGUACUUCCUGGACGACUUGACCAUCCCCGACCUGCCCUACGAGGUUAACGACGUUCGCCGAUCCAUCACGGGCCUGCAAGAAGCGUUGCUCGUCCAGGAAACGUGUCUGUCGGACAGAGAGCGGCCGCUUCAUCUGGAAUCGCACAGCGGAGGCGCCACCCCGAUCGUCAUGUCUCCACGUCGAUUGAGCGUCGAACACGAGCAACUCAGAGUUCUCGACGAUUAUCAAAUCAUCUCUGCCGAUGGCAUCCAAUCGCCUGUCGAUGCCGACUAUUAUUCGCCGCUGGAAUACUCGGACAGCUGCAGCGUUUUGCUCACCUCGCCCAAAACGGAUUCUCCCGCGCAAGAAGCGCUUUGCGUGGCGACGCCCACCGUCCAGCAGCAGCCAGCUGUUGUCGACCAACCUGUCGUAAUGGCAACGCCGCUUUCUGAUUUUGCCGCCACGGUGCCGGCGGAUGUACCGCAAUCUGCCGCCAAGGGCAGAAUUGAGAGUUUGAUCGUGUCCAAUAAAAGCUCGUUGGACAUUAGGGAAUCGGCCGACGAGACGGAAACGUCAGCCGACGAGAAUUCGCAACGACGGGCGAGCGUCGUCGAAGCGCCACCAUGCGCAUCGCUGGAGAGAGAAAUGCAGACGGCGUCCAACGAACUGGAACAGGCGGAAGAAGCCGGAGCAAUACCGUUGAUUGAGACUGGCCAAUCCAACAGCGUCCUUGUUGAAUCGGCACUGUCAGCUGUCCAUCUGGAGUCUGAUCAAACUUCCGGUGCGGAUGGGGUGGAAUCUGGUGCAGAAGGGGAUCCGUCUGCGCUGAUGCCUAGCGAUGGAAGAAUUCAGGUCACAGAGCAGCAGGGAGAUGCGACAUGUGUAGAGGAAUGCUGGAACGAGGCCAGCCGUCUGGCAGCAGCCGUGGACACUGUAAUGGAUGAGGCAUCCGUAGAAGAUCAUGGAGUUGAAUUGGAACAAUAUCCAUCCACGUCAUCUGCUAGCGAUGCUGGCCGCUUGCUGGGCUCUGGCCAAGAAGACGACACGAAGGGGCAGAGCUUCGACACGGUCCGAGAUGAACAAGAGAUUCUCUCUUCCGCAGAUGCGGCUCAUCCUAGUCCAGCAAUUGGGGAGGCUGCCCAUCAAGGUAGCCAUUCGAAUGUUCGAGUAACAGAUGCAACGACAGGAUCAAAGGUGGAGCAAACGUCGGCUGCAUCAUCGCCAAUUAUUGCAGAACAAUGCGGCGACGUGCCGCUGCAUUUCCAAGAAGUCGAUGAUUGUGCAACAAAGGAGGUCGGCGCUGCUGCGGAGCUUCUUGGAAACGUGACGAUCGACACGCCAAUCGCAAUUACGAAGAGCGAAGAGUCAUGCGCUACACGCCAAUUCCAAGUGAAGUCUGACGAUGAGCCUGUAAUUCGAGAAGAAUCAGCAGCCGCAGAAGAGAAAGAACUGGAAAUUGAGACGGAGACCGGCAAGGCUGAAGAAGAGGCCGCCCUUGUUGGAUUAAUGCAGAAAGAAAUUGAAGAAGAGGUAGGCCUUCAAAAGGACGCUGGAGAUGAAAAUCGAAUCGAGAAAGACGUUGGUGGACCGCAGGUGCUUGCGGAUGAAUCUAAAGAAGCAAAUUAUAUUGAGAAUGAGACUGACGUGAAACUCCAACAAGUGGCGAGCAAGAAAGAGAUUAUGCAGGAAGCUGGAGAGCAAAAGGAUGAAGAGAAAAUUAAAUCAGUAGAGCCGGAAGAGAUUUCGAAACUUGGUGACGAGCAACGCCAAAUACAAGAAGAAUCAAAUCAGUCAGAGUCUGGUGAUAAAGAUGUCGAGGCCCAUACUGAUGAUGUUGAAAUUAGAGCGCCACAAAAGGAGGCCAAAGAGGAUGAGCAAUUCAGGAAGGAAGCUGAGAGGCGAGAACCGUCCUCACUACUAGCCGAAGAAAAGGAGCACGUCAACAAAGAGGUCGAAAGGCAAGACGAGCCGAUAAAAGACGAAGAGAAGCAGACCGUUUUGAAUGUUGAGGACAUUCAGGAGACAAUGGACGCACGUGAACGUCUCAAUGAUGCAGCCGAAAAGGAAGCGCAGGUGAAGGAGCUCGUCGUUAAAGAAGCCGAGGCAAAAGAAAGAAUAAUGAAGGACAUUGAGGAAACUGAGCGCAUGCGCAAAGAAGCCGAUGAAAAAGAGAUGCUGCAAAGGCAAGCCGAAGAAGAAGAGCGUCUCUUAAAAGAGAUGGAAGAAAAGGAGCGUCUUCUUAAAGAAGCGGAAGAAAAGGAGCGUCUUCUUAAAGAAGCGGAAGAAAAAGAGCGGCUCAUCGAAGAGGCUAAAGAAGCUGCUGAACAAGAACGACUCCUGAAAGAAGCCGACGAAAGGGAGUGCGCUAAGAGAGAAGCUGAAGAACGAGAGCUUCGAGCUAAAGAGGCUGAAGAACAAGAGCGUCUUCUUAGAGACGCGGAAGAGAAAGAAUGUCGUUUGAAAGAAGCUGAAGAGCGAGAACGUCUCGUGAAAGAAGCCGAAGAAAGCGAGCGUCUUCGCAAAGAAGCCGAAGAAACCGAGCGUCUUCGUCUUGAAGCUGAAGAAAUUGAAAGACUUCACAAAGAAGCUGAAGAAAACGAGCGUCUUCGUCUUGAAGCUGAAGAAAUUGAACGACUUCACAAAGAAGCUGAAGAAAACGAGCGUCUCCGCAAAGAAGCCGAAGAAACCGAGCGUCUUCGGAAAGAAGCUGAAGAAAACGAGCGCCUUCGUAAAGAAGCUGAAGAAAACGAGCGCCUUCAGAAGGAAAUUGAGGAGAAAGAACGUCUCGUGAAAGAAGCCGAAGAAACCGAGCGCGUCAAGAAAGAGGCUGAAGAAAAAGAGCGACACAAGAAGGAAAUUGAAGAGAAAGAACGCCUUGCGAAGGAAAAGGAGAGAGAAGAGCGUCUGCGUCGCGAACAAGAGGAGGAGGAGCGUCUGCGGCGCGAAGAGGAGGAGCAGCUUCGCUUGAUGAAGGAGGAGAGGGAGCGCGCCCGCAAACAGAAGGAGGAAGAAGAAGAGCGGAUGCUGAGGGAGAUCGAAGAGCGCGCUCAGAAGAAGAAGGAAGAGAACGAACGCCUUCGCAAAGAGAAGGAAGAAGAGGAGCGUCGCAAGAAGGAGGAAGAAAGGCUGCGUCGCGAGGACGAGGAGAGGAAGCGUGCGGAAGCGGCCGAGAAGUUGAGGCGAGAGGCGGAAGAGAAGAUGAGGGAGAAAGAGGAGAAGCGCACGAAGCAGGAAGAAGAGAGGAAGAAGCGCGACGAGGAAGACAAGCGAAUGAAGGAGGAAUUGAGGAAGCAAAAGGAGGAGGAAGCCAAACAGAUGCUGCAAGAGCAGGAAGCAGCGCGGAUCAAGCGCGCCGAAGAACAAAAGAUGGCGGCGACGCGAGAGGAGGAAACUGCCGACCGAUGCGUGGGAAAUACCGAAGCAAUCCAGCAGGCCGUCGUUAGCCCGGAACCAACAGCAAACGAAGCCGGCCUCGACCAAUCAAAGCAAGAUGAAAGGUCGGACGCCCUGGAUGAAAAGUCGGCGGAAGUGAAAUUGAGAGAACGACGACGCGAUGAAGAUUGCGAGAGGGAAGCGGCUUUGGUGCGGAAGCAAGACGACAGCCAACGGAAAGAACCGGAGGCGAAAACGGAAGAAGAAGAGCCGAAAGUGGACGAUGAAAUGAUGCGACAGAAAGUGAGAGAAGAAAAGAAAUUGAAAUUGAAAGAGAAAGAGCGAAGCGAAGCGGAAGCAAAGGUCGUGAUGGAGCAACAAGAGCGGAAGAAGGCGGAGCAAGAGAAACUGGAGGAGCAGCGACAGGAAAAGGAGCGCCAAGCGGCGGCUGAGGCGGAGAAGCGAAACGAAGAAGAAAAGCAGCGCAGGGAGGCGGAAGAGAAGAGGAAGAAGGAGCAAGAAGAGAAGGAGCGCAAGGAAGCGGAGCAGAAGAAACUGAAGGAGCUUCGAGAAGCCGAAGAAAUUCAAUUGAAAGAGCAGCGGCAGAAGGAAGCCGAAGAAAAGAGACUGAAAGAUCAAGCGGAAAAGGAACGCAAAGAGCGAGAGGAGAAGGAAUUGAAGGAAUUGAAGGAAAAGCAGGAAGCGGAACAGAGAAAAUUGAAGGAGCUUCAAGAGGCGGAAGAAAAGAAAUUGAAGGAGGAAGCGGAAAAGGAGCGCAGAGAGAGGGAAGACAAGGAAUCGAAGGAAAAGGAGCGCAAAGAGGCCGAGGCGAAGAAAUUGCAGGAAGAAAAGGAGCGCAAAGAGGCGGAAGCGAGGGAGAAGAAGCAACAGGAAAAGAAGCUCAAGGAGGCUGAAGAAUUGAAGAAAAAGGAGCGCCAAGAAGCCGAGGAAAAGAAACUGAAGGAACAAAAAGAGAAGGAGCGUCAGGAGGCCGAAGAGAAGAAAUUAAAGGAACGAAAAGACAAGGAACGCAAAGAGGCCGAAGAGAAGGAAUUGAAAGAACAAGAAGAAAAGAAGCUGAAGAAAGAGCGGGAAAGAGAACGCCAAGAGGCCCAAGAACUCCAAUUGAAGGAGCAACAGGAGAAGGAGGAGCGUAAAGAGCGAAAGAAGAAGGACAAAUUGGAGAAAGAACGCAAGGAUAUGGAGCAGAAGCAAACGAAGGAGCAGCAAGAGCUGACGAAAAAGGCCGACGAGGACGAGCGCAUGAAAUCCAGCCUCAAAACUGGCGAGAGAAAGGAGCCACGCGUCAAAGCGGAAGAGGAACGGCCCGAACGCGAGGCGGGACGACAUGUCGAUGACGCACGUAAUCGAUCGGAUGACGUAUCACCCAACAAGGAGCGUCGAAGGAGGCCCAUCACAAAUUCAGAUGAGCAGCAGCAGCAGCCAACGCUUGAAAGUUGUUGCGAUAACUCAACGAGGACGACGCGUCCGAGGGCUCGACCUGCCGAUGAAUCUCAAUUUGAUGCCGCUGCUGUUGGUUCGGCAACAACUCGACGUCGGCCCGCCGUGCCAACUGUUUUCGGAGAAGCAGCUUGCGAUUCGAUGAACCCGUCAUGGCAGCAGCCCGGUAUCGAUGGCUCGUCGCAGACGCACAACAGGCAUCUUCAGCUUUCCACCGAUUUCGAUUUGCAUCCGGCUACGAGGCUGAGCAGGGAAGACGUGCGUCACGGAAUUCGGGCCCGUUCGGCAGGUGUCGCGUCCCACUCGAUGCUAAACAGAUCCGCGUAUCGUGCCGAGUCUCAUUCUACUCAGCCGGAAUGGGAUAGUUCCACCCAAACAAACGAAGAUGGAAGAAGAGAUCCAACCAAGAAACCGAAAUUCAGCUCUAAAUUGCGAGACAUGGAAGUAGCCAAGGGCUGCCAAAUCAAAUUGACGUGCAGUUUGCUCUGCAAUCCCGAGCCGGAAAUCGAAUGGUUCCGCAAUGGCUUGCCCAUACUCAAGUGCGAAGAUCGUCAUAGAUACGCGACCAGCUGGAACCCGAUCGGCAUCGCCAGUUUAGAAGUGCGCGAUUUGACCCGCUCCGACACGGGCGAGUACAUGUGCGUGGCGCGCAAUCAGCACGGACAGGCCAGCACGUCGGCCGAUGUUCGGGUCAGGGGCGAUUACGAACCGAAAACCAGUUCGCCAUCUUUUACGUCGUCCAUCCGAGACGUGUACCAUGAGGCGAGUGACGAACUGGUCCUCGAAUGUGCUGUCGACGGGUUCCCGACUCCCAAAAUCACGUGGAUGAAGGACGGCAUCAAAUUGCAUUUGAGCAGCCGUUACAAGCACAGCCUGGACAUGGACGGGCGUUGUCGUCUCGUUGUCCAUUCGCCAUGUGUCGGCGAUUCGGGCCACUACACCUGCGUCGCUCAGAACGCUUCGAGAAAGGAUGAGAUUUCCAGUUUUGUCGUAGUUCCAGAACACGUUUGGAACAGUAACGAGAAAAGGAUGAAGACGGCCCCGAGUCACGCUGGAUAUUCUGGCAGUGCCGAAUUUUACCGCCGUCAAGCAGAGCGUGAUAAGAUUGCAUCUUCGGCAGAUGGGCACAGUUUCGACGCGGGCCGUUACGAUGCCAUGGCUGUUCCAGAUGACUCGGCCCAUUUCGUCUUGUUGCCCGAAAGCACGCUGACCGUCGGUAGGGAUCGCGAUCUUGUGAUUCAAUGUCGCGUCCGAGGACAUCCGCGACCUAAAGUGACGUGGUUGAAGGGCAUCCGAGACGUGGCCGAAUCUGGACGGUCAUGCGUCGAGAUGGACGGCGACUUGUACCGUUUCGUCCUGAAGAAAGCCAAUUACGGCGAUGGUGGGACGUACAUCGUCAAAGCCAGCAACUGCCACGGCACCCAGAAAGCCUAUUGCACCGUCCGCGUCAAGGAAGCGACCAAUUCUUCCGAGUGGGACUUCAAGGACGCGGAAACGAGCCUCAACGAUCUGUCCGAACGUCGAGUCAGGCGAUUCAACAAAGAUGUGCCAGGUCCGGUUGCUGCACCUCCGAUGGCAACUGUCAGCGGUAAAAAUGUCGUGUCGCUUAGCUGGCCCAAACCGAAUUACACGGGCGGGGCACCUAUUUUAGCUUACAAAGUGGAAGCUUGGCUCCUUGGCGAAGGAGCCAUAUGGAUAGAGGUAGCCAUGACUUGUAUUACCAGCACGGACGUGUACAACUUAAAGCCGGAACGGGAGUACUUGUUCCGCAUCACGCCGCGCAACAAGUACGGAUGGGGUGAAUCGCUGGUCUCGUCGACGCCCAUCCAAACGGUGAGCCGCACCGGUUUGCCCCACUUCCAUCGCCAACUGCAUCCGCAGAUCAAGGCGCUCGAACACACGGACGUUGAACUGCUGACGGAGGUGUCGGGCCAGCUGACGCCUCUGGUCGAAUGGUACCGCGACGGCAGCAAGUUGGACGGCGUCAAGCAGCCGCGCUACGAGCUGCGCUCCAUCGGCUCGGAUUGCCGCCACGCGUUGACCAUUCACGACGUCCAAAUGGAGACGGACGACGACAGCAAGUUCACGUGCGAGGCCGUCAAUCCGGCAGGAAGAGUCGCCACAUUCAGCCGUGUCCUCGUCGUGACGGACCAGCGUGUAGCCGAAGCCGACGCCCUUUUCAGACAGCAGCUGGAUGGUCUCAGUGGCAAUGACAGGAUGGCGAUGGCGCCGCAAUUCACGAUGAGGCCUCGCGACCGUCGCGUUCAGCUGACCUUUCCCGUCCGACUGACCUGCCAAUUGAUUGGCUGUCCCAAGCCGGACGUCACCUGGUAUCACAACGACAGCGCCAUCAUCAUCGGCGACGACGAGCGUCACAGUUACAGCGUGGACGGCAAUUUCCACACGUUGGAGAUUGCGGCGACCAAAUUCGACGACGCUGGCAUCUACAGCGUCCAAGGCCGUAAUUGCUCGGGCGCGGUGGGUUGCCAGUGCUGCCUCGUAGUGGACGGUGGCAUUCGGGCGUACGUCAUGCCCUUUUUCACGCACGAGCUGGAGGAUCGCACCGUGUCGGAGGGCGGCACCUUCUCGUUGAUCGCCCGCGUCGAAGCCUAUCCGGCCGUCGGGGUUCUCUGGCAUCGGGACGGGAUACGCCUACGUCCUUGCCGUCAGUACGACAUGCGACUGGAAUCUGACGGCACGGUGGCGUUGGUCGUGUCGGGCGUGUUGGCCCGGCGCCACGCUGGCGUCUACACGUGCACCGUCACCAACGAAAUGGGCCAAGUCUCGUCCAACGCUCGCGUCACCAUCAGACAACGGCCAUUAGCGAUUCCAUCAUCAUCAUUGGACGCCAUCAGCUCCGAUCACGACAACAUCGGGGAGACGUCAGUGGCGCCGCGUUUCGUCCAAAAACCGACUGAAUUUGUUGAAGGCGAUGCGUUGGUCGUCGUCUGCGAGGUGCUGGGCGAUCCUAAACCCGAGGUCAUCUGGCUGCGUGACUGGCUAAAUCCGCCAGGUUGCCAGCACGCUGACCGUUUCGUGAGCGAGGCGGACGCACCUGUUUACAAGCUGACCGUCCCCUGCGUCCAGUUGGACUUUUCGGCAACCUAUUCGGUCGUUGCGCGCAACCUUCACGGAGAAGCCAAAGCCGCCAUUUCGCUGCAAGUCUACGUCCACGGAGGACAAGGACGUCAAGGUUCUUCUGAAAGUGUUGGAUCUUCUGCAUCGGUGGGACGCUCGACGACAUUCAGUCGCGUCCUUGCGGCGCCAACCGUCGUCCAGCCAUUGAGACACUUGCGCUGUUGCGACGGCGAUACCGUCACGUUCGAAUGUCGCUUCAACGGCCAGCCUGAAACAGCCGGUUCGAUUCAAAUCCACUGGCUCCGAGGCGGCAAACUCCUGCGAUUGUGCAAAGAUUUCUCGGCCGAGUUGAAGGCUGAGGAAGGCGUGGUAAGGCUGUCCAUCCGGCGCGUCUACCCGGAAGACGAAGGCGAGUACACGUGCGUGGCCUACAACGAACUGGGCAGCGAUUCGACAUCGGCCUGCCUCAUCGUCGAUGUGGCUGAUGAUAAAGAGAACGACCUGAUGGUUCAGUUGGAUUCGAGACCGGCCGGCACUGUGUCGGCACGCGCCACGCCCAGAACGACCCCUUCGCGCACGAUCCGUUCCGUCUCGCCAAUCAAUUCCAAAGCAGCGACUCAACAACAACAACAACAACAGCAGCAGAAGAGCCGAGUGCGCAAAGUGCCGCCCAAAUUCUAUUCGGUACCGCACAACAAAAUCGCCGAGACGGGCGAAACGGUUCGAUUCCAGUGCAACGUCGGUGGCAAUCCGUCGCCUCGGGUCACGUGGGAUCGCGACAACAUCGCCAUCAAACCCGAAACGAUCGCUCCGGCCGGACGCGUCAGCAUCGAAGAGCGAGAUGACGUCCGCGUCCUCGAGAUCCGCAACGUGACUAGCGAGGAUGCCGGAUUGUACAGGAUCACGGUGGAGAACGAACUAGGCCGGAUCCAGGCCAACGCCCGACUGGACAUCCUUAGCCGAUCGAGCGGCAGUCGUUCCAGCGGAUUCAUCCGCUCCGGAUCAGCCGCGUCGGCCGGUAGAGGCGCUUACUAUUCGCCGCUGAGCGGAUCGAGCGCGUCCCGAUUGGCUGGCAGGGCUCUGGGCAUGUCGAGCGCCAGUUACCUGCGCGGAUCAUCCACUCCGCGCUCUGGCGGCGGACGAUAUCACGCCACGUCGGACAUGGACGGAUCGAGUGGCGAUUGUGUGGCUGCAAAGAGCAAGGCGUCCAAUCAUCAGCCCGUUUCGUUCGUUCAACAAUUGCCCAGUCGGAUGCGAGUGAACGAAGGCGAUGCCGUCGAAUUGCAAGUCGUCAUUACAGGUACGCCGCCAUUGAAGGUCGUCUGGGUGCAGAACGACGCCAUUCUAGCCGACUGUCCGGAAUUCCGCCACUUGGAUUACGGCGACGGUCGUUAUGCUCUUCGUUUGAGCGACGCCUUCACUCACGACAGCGGCGUUUACUUUUGCGAAGCUUACAAUCGCCACGGCGAGGCCGAGUCUUGGUGUCGGCUCAUCGUCAGCGAUCCCACAGACAAACUGUUCACCGAGACGUCGGCAGAGGCGUCGACGACCUUGGCCUACUCGAGCGCCAACACGGCCUCCGUUCGAACGCAAAACGAUGAAGAAGAAGAAGAAGAUAAUAAUCAAAUGGUGAACGCCAUCGACGACCGAGUGGCCGACUAUCGUGACGACGAGGACGUUUUCAGAUGCAGCAAAGAAGAUUUGACGUACGAGUCGGACAACAAGUUGAACGACGAACUGGACAAUCCGUUCCAAGUGGCGGCGCAAAUCGUCAAGGGGCCGGUCAGCGUCUCGACGCUCGUCGGCUCCACCGUUUUAUUGGAGGCGCUGAUUAUCGGACGGCCAGAGCCCACCGUUCGCUGGCUCAAAGGGGGCAAAGAACUUGCGGAGAGCGAGCGCGUCGAAAUGAGGCAAGCCGAUGGAAUGGCGUCGCUCAGUUUGCACCGCAUCACGGCCGAUGACAGUGGCAAGUACAUCGUCAUGGCUGAGAACACAUUCGGCAUGGACUGUCACUACGCUUCGUUGGCAGUUGAAGGACCGCCAGAUCCUGGUGGCAAGCCGACAAUCUGCGAAGUGAAAGCCGACAGUUUGACGCUGACGUGGUACGGCUCCGUCUACGAUGGCGGCUCAGUCAUCACCGGCUACCUGGUUGAAAUCUGCGAAACGGGCCAGUCAUGGACGGUCCUCACCUCAGAGUGCAACUCGACCUCGUACGUGAUUCACGGACUGGCGCCUCUGCGCACCUACCAGUUUCGCGUGAGAGCCAAAAACAUUCACGGCUGCAGCGAGCCGAGCAGCCCGUCUGACCCGCUCUUCUUGCAGCCGCCGUCGGUCGUUGAGAAACGAGACAAGGCCGUCGUCAACAUCGAGCGCGAAGAGAAAGACCAUCAGACAAUGGUCGGCCAAGCAGACGACGACCAAGUCGAUUACGACCGAGACGAUGACGACGAGUCUCACGCUCCCCAAUUCGAACACUGUCACGUCACGGUGCAACCGGGUGAGCCCCACUUUCAGGAAAAGUACUCGGUUCACGAAGAGUUGGGCAAAGGCCGUUUUGGCGUCGUUUACCGACUGGUCGAUCGGGCCAGCGGCGCUCUCAGGGCAGCCAAAUACGUGAGGUGCAUUAAGGCGGCCGACCGCGAGAAAGUCUACCAAGAGGUGGCCGUCAUGAACAAAUUGCAACAUCCCAAAUUGCUGCAACUGGCGGCUGCCUACGACUGUCCCAAAGAGAUCGUCCUCGUCACCGAAUACAUUUCCGGCGGCGAAUUGUUUGAACGCGUCGUGGCCGAUGAUUUCACCCUGACCGAAAGGGAUUGCAUCCUGUUCAUGAGGCAAAUAUGCGAGGGAGUUGGUUACAUGCAUUCGAAGAGCAUCGUCCACCUGGACCUCAAGCCGGAAAACAUCCUUUGUCAAAGUCCCAAUUCACAUCGAAUCAAACUGAUCGAUUUCGGACUGGCCCGUCAAUUGGAUCCCGAUCAGCCGGUGCGUGUCCUCUUCGGCACGCCCGAAUUCAUCGCCCCGGAAAUAGUCAGUUACGAACCGAUCGGAUGCGCCACGGACAUGUGGUCGUUGGGAGUCGUCUGCUACGUCCUGUUAUCGGGACUGUCUCCGUUCAUGGGCGAUAAUGACGCCGAUACUUUUGCCAACAUCACGUCCAGCGAUUACGACUUUGACGACGACGCCUUCGCCGCCAUUUCGUGCGACGCCAAGGAUUUCAUUUCGUCGUUGCUCGUCAAACGGCCAGAACUACGGCUGUCGGCCGAGGCUUGCCUUCAACACCAGUGGCUGGCCCAGGCGAAACACGCCAUGAAUUCCAUCAAACUGCCCACUGACCGGCUCAAGAAAUUCAUCAUCCGUCGCAAGUGGCAGAAAACUGGAACUGCCAUCCGAGCUUUGGGUCGUAUGGCCAGCUUGUCGUCCGCUUCGCGACGCAAUUCGUCGUCAUCGUCGACUGGCCGGCGUACGUCUCGAAUGGACUCGCUGUGCGAGGAAGAACAAGGCUCGGUAUUUAGCAGCGGUUCCAGUUCUAGAUUUGCCACCAGUUCGCUGACGGCGCCCACCAACGGCGCCGACCCCGUAACCCGCAUCCGUAGCCCCAGUUUACCUGUCGUCACUCACCCUUGUCAAUCGCCUGGCUCCAGUCCCGGCAUCGCUCGCAGCCGCAGUCCCAGUCUUCCCGCAACCGGCCCGGCCAUUGAACUGCCGGACAGAAGCCCCCGGCUACGAUUAGCGUCAAUAACUCGCCACGUCGAGUCUAUUACGCCGAUCGGAGCGAUAGUGGCAUCAGCGAUUGUUCCAAUCACUCGUCCACCCUUCUGUCCGGCUCGCACAUGCCCACCCUCAUUCAGGAGGAGGAGGAUGACGAGCAUUGUGGCAGCGAGAGCGCAUUAACCAACGGCUGUUCUUCUUCCGAUCGAUUCACAGGAGGAACCUUCCUGGCGCAGAAGAGUGCCGGCCAUAGCGGCCAACACGCUCUUCAGGGUAAGGGCGUAGUCAGCAGUCGCCAUUCGGUCGAUUCGGCUAUUGAUGCAGAAUAAAAGCAAAGUGCGACAAAUCGUUAAUGAAUUGAUCAAUACGAAAGGAAGAAAUGGCCGAGUGAAAGCCAAAUUUUCGCCAUAAAGACAAACAACAACAAAAAAAGGUGAAAACUACAACAACAACAAAUUAACACGAAAACAAAAGAAAAGAAAAACAAAACAAAACACAAAUAAUAAUAAUAAAAUUAAUAAUAAAAAUAAUAAAAUGCAUCGUCUCGGUGGAAUUGCUUCGUUUCUUGCUGUAGAUUUGACCGUAUGUAGAAGCAGCAGCAGCCAUAUGUACAAUGUGUCAUAGGUGUGUUAUUCUCUCCUAUGUUUUGAUUAGCUUCGUCAGAUUACCUUUUCACUCCCACAUGGUUUCGUUUAUCUUGUCUUGUUUCUGCUAGAUAUUUCAAUUGGCCCCUCUUUCCUGUGCCACCAUGCACCGCUUUCAAAAAUUUACAUCUGAAUUAUUAUUAUUUAUUAUUAUUUUUGUUUCUUUCUCACGCGAGUUAUUGAUUCUCUACCCAUCUAUACGUCUCUGUCUCUCUCUCUCUCUUUAUACCUGUCUAUAUACUGUGAUUGAUCCGUGAGUUGUCUUACUGCAUAAGGAAGGCCAUACUCGUUCGUUUUCAAUCGAAUGCACACAAAACACUUGCACGUCAACAAUCUCUCUCUCUUUUUUUUUUUUUUUUCUCUCAAUUCUCCCAUUUUCCCCUCCGGUAAAAUAAGAAAAACAAAAAAAAGAAAUCUUUAAUACAUUAUACUCUUUAAAUUAAGAAUGCUCUGUUAUGGAUAUGAUUGAAAAAACAUUUGUAUGAUGGAAAAGCACGUCUAUUAUAAUACAAAUAUGAUUAUCGUG